UGCCGUGGCGCGUCGGAUUCGAUUCGAACAGGAGCCUGCGCCGCUAGCCCGCGCGCGGGUCUGGAGAUGGCGGGUUCCGGGGCGCUUCUGCGCCAGUGCCCGCUGCUCCUGCCUCAGAACCGCGAGGGGAGCGUCUACGAGGGGUUCGUCACCGUGCAGGAUAGAGACUUCCAUAUAAGGAUACUGUUACCAUCAGAUUUUCAGCUUAAAAAUGCAAGGAUAUACUGUAGCUGGCGUCUAAAGAAGGUAUUGCAUGGGUAUCACCAGAUUGUGAAACAGAGAUUGCAACACUGUUCUGAUCUGGUCAGUUUUAUGGUGGAGCUUAAAACUAUUCUGGAAGCUGCUUUAAAGAAUGCACAAGAGCUGCAUACACCCCCACCUCCAGAAUACUACUCAUACCUUGUCAGAGAUAUAGAAACAUUGGGCUGGAAUAAAGUCGUGUAUGUAGGUACUGGCCUUAAUACCAUCAAGCUAAAAGGAGAAGACUCUUGUGGUCGACAACAUCUAAUCACACUGAAGUUAAAUGCAAAGUAUCCUGCAGAACCACCAGAUUGCUGUGUAGACUUCCCUGUUGAAUUUGCUAUCUCUUGGAUUCCACAGAGCUCCUUAGUAGACAUUUAUAACCAGUUCUUGGCAGCAUUAGAAUCACUGAAAGAAUUCUGGAAUGCUAUGGAUGAAAUUGAUGAGAAGACUUGGGUACUUGAGCCAGAAAACCCCACACGGAGUGCCACGAUGAGAAGAAUUGCAAUAGGAAACAGUGUUUCCAUAAACUUAGAGGUAGAUCCCAGGCAUCCAACUAUGCUUCCUGAGUGUUAUUUUCUUGGAGCAGACCAUGUGGUAAAUCCUCUGAGAACUAAGCUGAAUAACAACAUGCACUUGUGGGAUCCAGAUAUCACCCUACUACAAAAUUUGAAAGAAGUUUUAGAAACUGAUUUUCCUUCUCGUGCUGUGCUGGAAAAGACUGACUUCACUAUGGACUGUGGUAUCUGUUAUGCUUACCGACUUGAUGGUGCUAUUCCAGACCAGGUGUGUGGUGAUUCCCGAUGUGGACAACCUUUCCAUCAGGCUUGUUUGUUUGAGUGGUUACAAGGUCUUCCUUCUAGCAGACAAAGUUUUAAUGUCAUCUUUGGUGAAUGUCCAUAUUGUAACAAGCCAAUCUCGGUGAAAAUGUCUAUGAAGAAACUUUGAAAAAAUAACUUGUACAGCUUUGGGUGAAUGACACUGCACAUAAACUCAA